CGCCAAUAAAAGGCUCUAGCAAUGACCGGGCGCGCCUAUGAACCAUGAAGUUGUUACUGGUGCUGCUCGCGUUCGUGCCACUCCUGUGCGCCGAAGAUGGCCUCACAGAGGCCGUCACCGGCAGCACCACAUCCAUCGCGAGCAUGGAGACGACGCGUGAGAGCACGACGGAGACUACUACUACAGAGACGACGACUGAGACCACUACCACAGAACUGACCACAGAGGAGUCGACGACAGAGUCAACAACCGAGACGACACCCUUCGGGCACACUGAUGUGCCGGAGGUGACCACGCUAGACUUGGAUGAUUUCAUCGACGGUUUCGUGAAGGACUUGUCCAAACGAAUCGGACCGGCCGUGUCUGUCAUACUCUCGGACGAAAACAUCACCGAAGAAUGCUCCGGCGCUCUGCUCAAGGUGAUGCUUGGACUACGAAGCAAGUCUCCGUGGGCACUGUUCAUGCUGGACUCGAACGCCCGACCUGCUCCUGGCACCUUGAACGGAGCGACGGGAUCGUACGGGGACUACGAGGAGUGCCUGGCCGUGCACCAUCAGCCUUCCAACGGAGACGCAGCCAUCUUCGGCCAGUACUGCUCGCUCUUCAUGACUCUCCCACUCGGCUUCGCUCGCAAGUCGGCGCAGAGGAUGCAGAAGGACGGUUAUUUCAUGGGUCGACGAUCACCAGACUUUUUCUCGUCCGACGAACGAAGUUACUUCAAGGGUCAGAGGUUGGGCAUCUGCUUGCCACAACUUUGCACGGUGGCAGACGUACGGCGCAUGGUUGGCCUUACACUCGACCCCUAUGGCUUCAAGUACCACAUUUCAGGUUGCGACUCUAUACUGAACGAAGACAGGAACUGGAACUCUGUCCGAAUUGGCAUGGUGUCUUUCAUAGCGGUGCUCCUCUUCUUGGUGCUCUUGGCCACCGGGCUUGACAUCUUCCUGAAGAAAGACAGCCUUGCUCGUAGUGAAGGUACGUGA